UGUUUACUGUGCAUUUUGAAACGUCGGUUUAACAACAAAUACAUCUGUUGGUCUUGGAUAUGGUAGGAUAUACCAGGUUCUAGAAUUUUCGUUAGUAUCAUACCAAACUUCAUAAUACCUCUUAUGAUCUGAAUACGCUUAUAUUGACGUGUAACAAUGCAGAGUCUAUAUCAUAUAACGUCUCGUGCAGUCAUUUGGAUAGUGUGUGUUUCGCUCCUUGACGUAACGUCAGGUUUGAAGGAGUACCAUUCGUGUUUGGACGUGAAAAACGACCUUGGCUCACAGGCCCUGGACGGAAACUAUGUGGUCUUCCUUCCGUGGAAGAAAAACGUCGGCAUAAUAGUGUAUUGUUAUGGUCUGCAAACCUCGUCACCUCAAGCUUACAUUACAUUUAAUUCUGGGAAAACCUCUAAUUUCGCAGCCUUCUACAAAUACGUUGGUUUGAAUUGGGGCUGCCGGUUGAAGUAUCCACUUGAGGUGUGGUCGGAGAGUGGACGGACGGAGUACACGAGAAUCUCAGUGGACUUGGACUCCCUGGCCAUAAACACCGGAGACUUCACAUUCACUAACACUUCCGGUCCUAACAAGAUACGGUACGGUGAGGCGGCGGACAAGUUCAAGAGCUCGUCAUAUUGUAGUCCGAGUGGUAUGUUCACAAUUGACCUGACGGGGACACCAUUCACCGUUUUCUCAGGUGUGAGCUGGGUUGUGUCGGGUUCGCACAUUCAUGGAAACGUGACGCAGAUCAAGCCGCAUAUUAAAAAAGAAUCGUAUGUAGGGUGUUUUGCUGACUACACUGACCGUGUGUUGGGCUUGUACAAGAUUUCCCUCUCCAACAUGACAAUAGAGACAUGCAGGCGACACUGUGCACAGAAAGGACAGGACUUUUUUGGUCUAGAGUACUACUCGGAGUGUUUCUGUGGUAGUGACCGCAAGCGGCUGUUUAGCAUGGGGAGGGUAAACAAAAGGAACUGCAACUACUCAUGCUCCGGAAACAGCACCCAGAUUUGCGGGGGUAACUGGUACAUCAGCGUCUAUAAAACAGUGGUCCAGCAAGUGACGGGGCGGUGUGGUGGCUACCCGGGUCGGUGUUACCCCACGACGGCGGCAGGACAGAGGACCGGCAACCUUGUUCUUGACAUCAUGGACGGUCAACAUGUCUGCAUAACAAACAAUCCGUGUUUGCACGAGGGGCGGUGCCUGGCGCUGUCAGCGUUCAACUUCCGGUGUUUAUGUUACCCUGGUUACACGGGGGACAUAUGUGAGAUCGUUAACGAGACGGUGAUCGAGGACGGACAGCGGUGUCCGGCGGGCUACCAUGCUGAGACGUGCACUUGCUUCGAAGCCUCGUGCAACGGUGCCAGGUUUGACGGCGACAUGUGCGUCUCCUCUACAGGAAAGGCACAAGUCACGUGUCGCCCCGGCGACCCCGCCCACAUGGUGUUCUAUAACAAGGAGGGGUCGGGCUGGGUCGAGUGCCCUAAAGGAUCGGAGAUUGUCGGCUGUACAUACUGGGCAAGCUAUCCUGUGACGAACUACCAGGGCCAGGGUGUAGUCGACGCCAAUACAGGACAAUGUACAGUUGUAAAUGCAACAGUUAAUGUACAGGCAAGAUGUAAAGAAUACUUUUGCGGGUGUGAGAAUGGUGCGCACUGUAACCAGAUCACGGGCAAGUGUGAGUGUGAUCAGGGCUACUAUGGAGAUAAGUGUGAAACGUUCGACUACUGCUCAUACUACGAGGAACAAAACAACCAGACGGCUUGCAGCUCAACAGGCGUGUGCACUCCUGUCUAUAAAUACACUGUGACGGCCAGCGGCGGGGACCGGGCAGCCGACAGAUGCGUGUUCCCUUUCGACUGGGGAGACCUCACCUACAACACAUGCGUACAGGAUAACGCUGUUGGUCCACCAUUUGCAUGUGCGGGCGAGUUUUCUCUGUCUGGCAGCAUGAAGAACAGACGGACUUACAUCGACCUGGGGAAGUGGAGCCCUGGGCCCCGCUACACCGUGGCCGCAUGGGUGAGCCCAUGGAAGAUCGAUACCAUGAGACAGACAAUAGUCGGUGGGGCCUCAGAAUGUAACGACUUCGGGAUCAACUUCAAUUCCGGAACGUUCCGGGGAUAUCUAAAGCUUUCCAAGGAGUGCCCACGUGACUUGGAUACCGGGCCCGCAUUGGCUAAGCCGGGCACGUGGUACAUGGUCGCCAUAACCAGCAACGCUUCCCACGCGUCAAUAUAUUUGAACGGGGAACUUAAAGAAACAAAUACGGUUUUACUCAACCACAUACCCACGACGUCGGGGUUUUGGAUCGGUUCAGCCGUGUGUUGUACCCAGGACUACUUCAGGGGACAGAUUAAGACUGUGAAAGCAUGGAACAGAGCGCUAACUGUAGAAGAAAUCAACAGGUCCAUGUACAAUGGAGGAGUGGAAAACUCAACGUAUGAAGCACUGUACGACGGUCUUGUUGGCCACUGGGAGCUCGGGGAUACGCAUGGCCCCACGUGUACUGGAAGUGACGUCAUCGAUCACGGAGGAGCAGACUGGAAUCUCAAGGACGGAGAGUUCAUUAUGGGUAUCCACUGCAACAUCAGCCGGUUCGUGGUGCCGGCGGGAGCCACUGUCCUCGUGAAGCGGUAUGACGGUACUUCCGGGGGAUUCGUCGACAUCACAGCUCUUGAUGCUCAGGUCGACGGUUAUAUAGACGGUGGGGCGGGUUAUCGCGGCGGUGUGACGUCAAAGAUUGCGGGUGACGCCGGCGUGGAGGGAGAGUCAUACACCGGUGCUGGAUCCAAAGGUCUGCAGGAAAAUCGCGGUGGAGGAGGCGGUGGUAUUGGCGGAAGCAGUAUGGCGGACGGCACCGGACGGUCGGGUGGCGGUGGAGGCUAUGGAGAACCUGGGGCAGGCGGUGUGAAGACAGUUGGAGACCGGACGGGGUUGGGCGCGGGCGGCCGGAUGUACGGGGACCCAGAACUCAACCACUUGUACAUGGGCUCAGGAGGCGGAAGCGGCGGCAACGCCAAUGAUCUCACCACCAAUCCCAACGGUGGGCGAGGCGGUAAUGGAGGGGGUGUAGUGCGGAUAUACGGAGAGCGGUCCAUUACUGUGACAGGGGUAGUGUCGGUGGCAGGGGAAGCAGGGCAGGGCGACGUGUCGCAAGGGACGGGUUGUAUGGGCUGUCCGGACGCAUGUGACCAGCGCAGCCCUGUAAAUUGCCUUGGAAACAGCACGACUUCCUGUUGGGACAUGUCCGGCCCUGGAGGAGGCGGAAGUGGAGGCACUAUCUUUCUUUCAGCCAAACUUGUCAAUGUAGGUUAUCAGAAACUGUGGGCAAUGGGAGGCGAGGGUGGCGCAGGGGGUAGCCAUUGCUGCGGAGGAGCCGGGGGUACGGGCCGCAUUCGGAUCGACUCGGUCAUUAUGAAGGGGACGGUGAACGAUCAACAUGGUAUACUGAAAGCCAUCACAAGACAGGAGCAGUAUAUGGAUCACAGUCAGUACGGGCAGAAACAAAUCAACUACAAAACAACGAUCUACGGUAACGAGGUUUACCGGGGAUGCUUCCGGGAUGACGUAAACAACCGGACGUUGGCGGUCGCAAUAACGGAUACAGUCGUCAUCAGGGCGAAACAGACACCGGACUACUGUAAACAGCUCUGCAGAAAGCGAAAUUUCAUGUACUCGGGGACGGAGGGCGGGAGUCUGUGUUUCUGUGACAACCAUCUCGAUAUGAGUCGCAAGGUCGCAGACAGUGAUUGCAAUACAACAUGUUCUGGAAAUCCUCUGUGGAAUUGUGGCGGAACACGACGCAUCCAAGUAUUCGGACCGCCUCCAUCCGCACCCGCCGUCGGCCAUGGCAUCCUGCCAAGCUGCAGACCCUGGUGCGUCACCGCUGACGCCACAACCAAUGACCCCAAGUGGGGCAUGUGUGAGUUAGGCGGUCACGAAGCGGCGGGGAUCUCUAGCUGGGACAUGCAGUGUCAAUGCCCACCCGGCCGCAUCGGCACUGGAUGUGACCAGAUAUGUCCAUCAUGGACGUACGGUGAUGGCUGCAGACGGAACUGCACGUGUAACGUGAACAACACGGCGGUGUGCGAGUCCAGUGCGGGAACAUGCCAGUGCAAGCCCGGGUUCAUAGGCGCCACGUGUGAGGAAACAUGUCCACCGAGUUACUUCGGGCAGGGCUGCAAAUCAAUGUGUAGCUGUUCACCUCGUUCAGACUGUGAUCCGGCGACUGGUACAUGUUGGUGCACGCCAGGCUGGUACGGUACAACCUGCAACUAUCCGUGUCCCGAGGGUCGGUUUGGAGCUAACUGCAGCCAGAACUGCGCCCCCUGUAACCACGGGACCUGCUCGCCGUUGGAUGGGCAGUGUCGCUGCUAUGCUGGAUACAAACUUCCUUUCUGCGCAGAGCUGUGUGACAUGACCAACUUCGGCCAAGAUUGCGAACAGGAUUGUGCCUGUAGCGGUCAACCGUGCCAUCCCAUCACAGGCACGUGUAUCUGUGGGCCUGGUUACCUAGGAGACAGGUGUCAGUCGCAAUGUCCGCAAGGCACGUGGGGACAAAACUGCCUGAAGAAGUGCGCGUGCCAGCACACCUUUGGUUGUGAUCCCGUAGAUGGCACGUGCAAUUGUGGGCCUGGAUUUGUGGGCGAGCGCUGCGAGAUCAGAUGUCCUGACGACUCCAAUUCCUUUGGCCAGGACUGCCGAUUCCAGUUAGCCUGUGUUCUCAACCAAACCACCGACGUGGAUAUUGCUACCGGAAGUUGCGACUGCGCGCCUGGUUUCUAUGGCAGCACGUGCGAAAAAUCGUGUAGUCAGGGCUACUAUGGUUACAAUUGCACGGCAGUUUGUGUUUGUAAAAACGGCGGCAUAUGUAACUCAUCUUCCGGCGACUGCACGUGUGCGGCAGGAUUCACCGGAAGUGACUGCAGCUCCACGUGCUCUCCCGGUCGAUAUGGUGUCGGCUGCGCUAAACUGUGUCUGCCAUCGUGUGGGGGAACGUGUAACUUUGUCAGUGGCCAGUGUUCAUGCCGGUCUGGCCAGAAAUGUACCUGUCCCUCCAACACCGCCGGUUCUAUGACUGGGUGUAAGACGACGUGCGCAUGCGUGAACGGGCGUUGUCAGGACGACGGCACGUGCGUCUGUGACCCGGGCUGGGCAGGAAACAAGUGUGACACACCAUGUCCUUCAGGCACGUAUGGUGUUCACUGUUCCGGCAAGUGCACGUGCAUUCAUGGGCGCUGUGACGCCAUCACGGGUCAGUGCACGUGUAACACUGGCAUCAUCGGCAACAACUGCGACCAGGCUUGUAAAAACGCCACAUUUGGUCAAAACUGUCGGUACAAGUGCCCCGGAUGUGGUGCGCACUCGUAUCCCGGAUGUGACGUCAUCACUGGGUCUUGCGUGUGCAGCGCUGGCUACACCGGUUCCCUAUGCAACAGACCGUGUCCAGCGAACACAUAUGGGGACAACUGUUCUUCAAGCUGCCUGUGUCAGAACGGGGGAGUAUGUGACAAUGUAUCCGGGAAGUGCAACUGUCCGCCAGGAUUUUUCGGUGACCACUGCGAAGCACCGUGUCCCAAGAACACAUACGGUGCCGGGUGUGCGAAAACAUGUGACUGUGGCCCGUACGGGGCCAGUUGUAGCAGAAGGGAGGGGCUGUGUACGUGCAAGCCGGGAUUCAUCGGAGUGAAGUGUCGGGAGACGUGUCCACCGGGAACGCACGGUCAGAAUUGUACUUUAACAUGCUCGUGCGACCCGGUCACCAGCCUAUGCAGCCCAAUAGACGGCCAUUGCCUGUGUAAACCGGGGUAUUCAGGGUCUGACUGCCAGAACGUGUGUGCAAAUGGGACUUGGGGACGGAACUGCUCCCAGCCUUGCAACUGUGGUGGUCGCGGAACCUGUAACGCCGUUUCUGGUCGCUGUAACUGUCAGCCCGGAUACAAGGGAAACAACUGCGAAUUACAAUGUAGUCAGGACAUCUAUUACGGUCCCAAUUGUGAGAGCCUUUGCUCGUGCAACGGUGCGCACUGUGACCACAGGGACGGCACGUGCAGAUGCCCACCUGGCAAGAUCGGACAACACUGUGAAAAAGGUUGCCCCGAAAACUACUUCGGGUUCAUGUGUGCGCAGGCGUGCGGCUGCCAAAACGGGGGGAAGUGCGACCCAGUGUCGGGCGCCUGCACAUGCCAGUCGGGAUGGGCGGGGCAGCUUUGUACAGACAGUUGUCCAACUGGUUACUACGGCGUGGAUUGUAGCCAGGUUUGCCAGCCCUGUUACAAUGGCGGCACGUGCGACACGUUCUCCGGCACUUGCGUGUGCGCGCCUAGCUACACGGGUCCCUCAUGCAACACAUCCCUCACGGAUACACCCUUCCCACCCGGUCACCAGAAACAACAAUCAGUUGCCACAAGCGGUGUGAACAUGUCAAGCGGCCAUUUCGCGGGCAUGUUAGUCGGUAUCGCCAUAUUGUUUGUUGUUAGCGUCAUCGUUGCCAUGGUGAUCACGCGCAGGUGCUCGCACGGAACAUUUAAAAGGUUAGGAGGAGCGGUAAAGUUCAACGAAUUAAGUGAAGAGGAGCUGGAAAAAAGACAGUCGCGUCAUCAAGGGACCACAGCAUCAUCAUCUGGCUUCGACAACCCUGUCCAUGUGGAUUUCAACGAGAUUGCUCUGAAUCUGGACAAGAAGAGCAUCACCUCAGACUCCACCAGCGGCGUGGCCUCGGGAAAGAUGGACUCGGACGAAGAAGAUCGUGAUAAUUUCUUUAAGGACAGUGAUUCAUAGUUCUACAUAUUUUCUCAUUGGUUUCAGAUCAAAUAUUUUUGUAACUGCAUUAUUUUAAAACAUUUUUGUUUCAUACAGCGAUGACAUGAUUCAUAAAUAUAACAUCAUGUGUGCACUACGUUUAACUCGGAUGGACUAAGAGUAGUUCAGUUAAAGGUACCCGCUCAUUGUUUUUGGCCAAAAAUAUUUCCCCGGCAAUGCAUCUGAAAACACUUAUUAUCAUUAUAUUACUCUGUGAUAUCGACAUUUGAGAACAAAUACAGUUUAAGUUUUCAAAAGUGGUUCGGUGAUAGUGAGUUGCGAACCCUUUUCGUAAUUUCGACGCCUUAACCUCAUGACCACCGGGACUUUAUCAGAAGUGACAAAUACUUUGACCUUUUUAAAAGGCUUUUAUUAAUACAUUGAUAACACCAAAUGGUAAUGUCAAUCAACCAAACACCAACAACAAAGCUGUAAUUAAGUGAUUAUUAACGUUAGUAACGCUAAUAAAAAGUGUGGUCUCCAAGGAAGAUAUUUGAGCAAAUAUCAACAUUAGAAGAAUGGUUCCAGAUUUUGGUGUCUUAGUAUUAAUACUACUUAUGGAUUGCCACACAAACUAAAAGAGCAUUUUACGAUGCUAUGAUAAGGUUUAACCACUUGUUAAAUGAAUAGUGUGCACUAUGACUAUAAAUAAAGAUGAUGUCCGUCUCUCUUAUGAUUUAAUUUGAACAGUUUGCUCUCAUAGCCUCAACAUUGUUGUCGGCGUCGGCGUCAUAGUCGUUGUUUAAACCUUUUUAUGGUGGCCAACCCUUUUAAAAGUUGGAGGUACUACAAACGAAAUUGGAACAUAACGUUGACAUCUGAAGCAUGACCAAAACUUUUGACUAAAUAUUGAGUUAUGCCCCUUGAUCGCAUGAGGAGAGCGGUCGAGCGUUGAGAUCUGCCUGUGGAGACCUUGUUACAAUUUGAUAAUGAUUGAUAGAAUAAACAUAUUUAUUAAAUGAAUAAUAUUAAUUGUUUUAAAUCAUGGCUAUGCGUCUUUCACUCGUAGUAUGUUAUCCACUCAAUUAUUUAAUGUACCAAAUCAAAACAUCGUUGGUAUACGACACGUUCUUGAAAUGUUAUUUAUCAUAACUGCUUAUUUAUAAGUGUUUUCUGUUGUUGAUUGUUUUGAAAUGUUAUUUGUAUCAUAAUUGCUUAUUUAUAAGUGUUUUCUGUUGUUGAUUGUUUCGAACAUCAAUUGUCCCUAAUUAUAUGAAGCAUAUAGGCAUGAAUUGUGAGAAAGAUGUAAAAUUUUACAGGCGAUUAUUUUCGAAUAUUGAAUCUUCAAAGACAGACGCACUUUGAUGGCAAAUUAAGUCGUACAGAUGAGAGUUAUGUUUCAUUAAAUCCGUCGCCAACACUA